AAUCUUCGUCCCCAGCAGCCAAUAUGUCGGACUCUACUGUUGGCCAGACGAAGCAGUUUGGAAAGGGCCAGAGGACCGUUCCGGCCCAGAAGGCCCAGAAAUGGUACCCCGUGGAUGACGAGUCGCAGCCCAAGAAAGUUCGCAAGACUAUUCGUCCCACGAAGGUUCGGGAGAGCCUCCAGCCCGGCACCAUCCUCAUCCUCCUCGCCGGUCGCUUCCGUGGCAAGCGUGUCAUCCUCCUCAAGCACCUCGACCAGGGUGUUCUCCUCGUCACCGGUCCCUUCAAGAUCAACGGUGUCCCUCUCCGACGGGUGAACGCUCGCUACGUGAUCGCCACUAGCAAGCGUGUGGAUAUCAGCUCGGUUGACCAGACCGUCCUGGAGAAGGCCUCCGUCCCCGAGUACUUCACCAAGGAGAAGAGCAAGGAGAAGAAGACCGAGGAGGCUUUCUUCAAGCAGGGCGAGAAGCCCGAGAAGAAGAAGGUUACCAGCGCUCGUGCCACCGACCAGAAGGCUAUCGACCAGACCAUCCUGGCCAGCAUCAAGAAGGAGACCUUCCUCGAUAGCUACCUCGCUGCCACUUUCAGCCUCCGGAACGGCGACAAGCCCCACGAGAUGAAGUGGUAGAUGUGCGACGCGGCGGCCGCGGGUUCGGUAAUAUGUGUGGAGGGAUUUCACGAGGGGUUUGGCUAGCUUGCAAAAAAAAAAAAAGGCUCUCUCUCUCUCUUUUAUCUCCCCCAUCGUGGUCUCCGUCCCCGUGGGUUUGGGGGGAGAGAUGAAUUGCAUAUCUCUUUUGCAGCGCAGGAGG